AAUUUUAUUCACUAAUUGUAAGCAUUAAAUUGCAAAUUUAAUGAAUUGAAUGCAACACUAGUGUCAGCACAACACUAUUGCAUGUAAUAGUGUUUGCGAAAGGGAUGUGAGAGUAGUGUUAGAAAAGGAGUGCCUCUCAAACAAAACAAGACUUAUUUGUGCUUAAAUUGCUUAUCGAUUGAAGUGAUGGCCAACACAGCGGUAACCGGCGGUCGGAUCCCUAAACCCGUACUUCGAGGACACGCUCACGCCUUCGUGAGGAGACAUCUGUUUAUAUCGAUUGGUCUGUCUUUGGUCGGCGCCAUCGCCUGGAAGUAUGCGGUGGCAGAGCCUCGCAAACGGACUUACGCUGAGUUUUACAAGAAUUAUGACGUGGAGAAGGAAGAGCAACGACUUAUAGCUCUCGGCCUUUACGACAAUCCCUUCCUCGGAGAUGAGUGAAGAGGACAUCCAUUCGGUCAUCAAAUUAAAGAUUAUAAAUGUAGUUAUGUUUAGAUUAUUGUAAUUAUUUUAUUCGGAUUUAAGUCUAAAUUACUUUAAUUUUCAUUUAAGUAGUCCUUAAAGAAUAUAUUAAAAGCCAUUUUUGAAAACAAACA